UCUAGUAUGGACUGCAAAUCUAACAGUCUGUGAGUUUAACGCCCGGAGGAGAGUUAUUAAAUUUGUGAAACGAAAAUAAAUUGAUGCUCAAAAAGUUUUUGCAGAAAAUAUUCCACGACCAUUAGAAAACGGUGACAACUGUAGUCAAAUUUCCUCCAGCCUGUAGGAGCUGUUUGUGCUGGAGUGGCAUCAUUUCCCCAAUCUGGUCUCGAAGGCACUAUUUGUGUCGAUUUGUUGGUGUGAUUUGACAAACGAAGCGCCCCUGUGCAGGAGGGAGUGAAAAUGAAAUUAGGCUUGUGUUUGGCCAGCAUGGUUUUCCUUGCGACCCUCGAUCAAUCCGCAUUGGCACAAUCGGCCGCCUGUGGUUACUAUACGCAAAUUGAUUCUGGCCAAACCUUCGCCAUUUACUCGCCAAACUACGGAGGGCUUUAUCCGGCGAACACCGACUGCCAAUGGGUGCUAACGACAACACCUGGCUCCAGGAUAGCGCUAUCCUGCUCGGAUGUUUACAUACCACAGAGCCCGUCUUGCUACUACGAUAAGCUGGUGAUUUCCACCGGUGGUAGAAUGGAUCUGGCCGAUGCCAAAGCAUAUUGCGGAACGGGAACGGUUGCGGCCGAGUCGACCGGCAGCUCGAUGGUGGUGGCACUGCAGGUGCCAUCCACAACCUAUGGGGGGCGGGUGUACUGCACUGCUUCGAAGAUCAGUUGCCAAUGCGGUAUGCGGCGGAAGAAAAAGAUAGUCGGUGGCACUGAAACGCUCAUCAACGAGUUUCCGAUGAUGGCCGCUAUGGUGGAUGUGGCGAGUGGAGACGGGAUUUUCUGUGGUGCAACCAUAAUAACAAACUACCAUGCAUUAACCGCCGCUCAUUGCCCAAGUGGACACAGCAUUUCCAAUCUGGCACUACUUGUUGGUGAUCAUAACAUAUCCACUGGAGUGGACUCCAGCUAUGCAGCCCUGUACAAGGUAGCCUCGAUUAAAAUUCACGAAUCGUACAGCAAAGUCACGAAUCUGAACGACAUAGCUUUGAUCAAAACCAACAAGGAAAUCGUCUUUUCAAUUGGUGUAAGCCCCGUGUGCCUUCCAUUCAAAUACUAUGGAGCGUCUUUUGUGGGCAACGAAAUGGAAGCCGCUGGAUGGGGUUCCACAGAUUUCGGGGAUCCUAAAUCGAACGUUCUGCUAAAAGUUGCAUUACCUGUGAUCGAUCCUAGUCAGUGUACCCAGACGUAUCCUAACUUUGCUGUGACACAACUGUGCACCUUUGCUACAGGGAAGGACACAUGCCAGAGUGACUCAGGUGGACCCCUGUUCUACACGGAUUACUACAACGGGCUGCUUUAUUUGGUAGGCAUCACCAGCUACGGAAUGGCAUGUGCUACCAAUGACCCGAGUGUCAGCACCAGGGUCACGGAGUAUCUCGACUGGAUAAUGCAAAACACCGCUGAGUGGAAUUAUUGUUAUCAAUAAACAUGUUUACACAACUGCAUAAUAUUCAAGCUAUGGGUAUUCCG